CAUGUAUCCAUCUCUUUCCAACGCCGACGAGUAGAGCGGGACCAGAGCAGUGCGACCAUAUAGCCGUACCUUUGCGAGUAAGCUCCCACAAUUGAGGCCCCAAAGCGUAAAAGCGACCGACGCACCGGCGUUGAGGCUAUUCGUUUCAUAAAAGCCGGCUGCAGCGGUCAACCACGUCGAAGCUUCUGUCUGUCUUCAGUAAAUAUAGAGGCGUCACCCUUUGGCUAACGAAUCCGAUACAAUUCAGUGUCUUUCCACAUAAAUCUAAAAGUGAUACCAAAAACCCCAUUCACAUAAACCUUCGCAAGAUGUCGUACCACAAGCCCGAAGCCAAAACUAUCCAGGAUCUGAAAGAUCUGGCCCAGAAGCUGCGAAUCCACUCCAUCAACGCCACCCAGGCCUCCAAAUCGGGCCAUCCCACAUCAUGUGCCUCGCUGGCCGAGAUCAUGUCCGUGCUGUUCUUCCAGCAGCUGCGUCUGAAUCUGAAGCACCCACGCGAUCCCUCCAGCGAUCGCUUCAUCCUGUCCAAGGGACACGCAGCCCCCAUUUUGUAUGCCGCUUGGGCUGAGGCGGGCCUGUUCCCCAUCGAGGACCUGAACAACCUGCGCAAGAUCGACAGCGAUCUGGAGGGUCACCCGACGCCCCGUCUGAACUUCAUCGAUGUGGGCACCGGAUCCCUGGGACAGGGCGUGGCCGUGGGCGCUGGAAUGGCCUAUGUGGGCAAGAACUACGACAAGGCCGACUACCGCACCUACGUGGUUGUGGGCGAUGGCGAGUCCGCCGAGGGUUCCGUCUGGGAGUCGCUGCACUUUGCCGGCCACUACCAACUGGACAACCUGUGCGUGAUCUUCGAUGUGAACCGUCUGGGCCAGUCGGAAGCCACUUCCCUGCAGCACAAACUGGACGUGUACCGCGAUCGCUUGGAGGCCUUUGGAUUCAACGCCUUGGUUGUCGAUGGCCACGAUGUCGAGGAGCUGGCUAAGGCCUUCCAUUGCGCCGCCAUCACCAAGAGCAAGCCCACUGCCAUCAUUGCCAAGACCUUCAAGGGCAAGGACUUCCCCAACAUUGAGGAUGCCGACAACUGGCACGGAAAGCCGCUUGGCGACAAGGCUGCUGAGGUGAUCAAGCACCUGCAGGGUCUGAUUGUCAACCAGAACGUGAAACUGUCCCCCAAGCCUGUGUCCAAGUCCGGAGCAGCUCCUGAGGUGGACAUCAGCAAUGUGCAGCUGAGCUCGCCGCCCGCCUACAAGCUGGGUGACUCGAUUGCCACCCGCUUGGCCUACGGUACAGCUCUGGCCAAGAUUGGCAAGAACAACCAGCGAGUGAUUGCCCUGGACGGUGACACCAAGAACUCUACCUUCUCCGACAAACUGAAGGCCCUUGAUCCCGAGCGCUACAUUGAGUGCUUCAUUGCUGAGCAGAAUCUUGUGGGCGUGGCCGUUGGUGCCGCCUGCCGUCGCCGUACCGUGGCCUUUGUGUCGACCUUCGCCACCUUCUUCACUCGUGCCUUCGACCAGAUCCGUAUGGGUGCCAUCUCGCAGACGAACGUGAACUUCGUGGGCUCCCACUGCGGCUGCAGUAUCGGUGAGGAUGGUCCCUCGCAGAUGGGAUUGGAGGACAUCGCCAUGUUCCGUACGAUUCCCGGAAGCACCAUCUUCUAUCCCUCGGACGCUGUGAGCACGGAACGUGCCGUGGAGCUGGCCGCCAACACCAAGGGCGUCUGCUUCAUCCGCACGUCCCGCCCCAAUACCUGCGUAAUCUAUGACAACGAGGAACCCUUCACCAUCGGUCGCGGCAAGGUGGUGCGCCAGAAGAGCUCCGACGAGGUGCUCCUGAUUGGAGCUGGUAUCACGUUGUACGAGUGCCUGGCCGCCGCCGACCAGCUGGAGAAGAACUGCAUCACCGUCCGUGUGAUCGAUCCCUUCACCGUGAAACCCCUGGAUGCUGAGUUGAUCAUCGAGCACGGAAAGCAGUGCGGAGGACGCGUUGUCGUUGUGGAGGAUCACUACCAGCAAGGUGGUCUGGGUGAGGCUGUGCUGAGUGCUCUUGCCGGUGAGCGCAACUUUGUGGUUAAGCACCUGUUUGUGCCCACCGUGCCACGGUCGGGCCCACCAUCUGUCCUCAUCGACAUGUUCGGCAUCUCCGCCCGCCACGUCGUCAACGCCGUCAACGAAAUCCUCAAGGAUUAGGUUUUAAGCCGUACGGCAGGCUGAUGACGUCAUCAUCUGGCUACUUUCAUUUACCGCCUACAGGAAUUCCCAAUUACCGCUUACUCUUACCACCUGUCAUUUCCCUCUAUGAUGGUUAAUACUUUUAACAAACUAUAUUUGUAACAUCAGGAAAUAAAAAUUCUCUUUGAUAAAGUAUUUAAAAUAAA